GGCGGCUAUCACGAGGAGCGAGCGUCGCGCGCGUGCCGCGCGCUCUCAUCUGCGCGCGCGUCUCUUAUCGCGUCCCGCCGCGCCGACAAGCACUCGGGCCGGUUGAAAGUAUAAAUGCACAAUUCAAAGCGAGACUCGGGCAGUUCGAUCGCUGGACCGAGUCGCAUCGAUCUGUGGCUAUUUGGCUGCUUGUAUAGGUGAAGAGGAAGAGAUAGAUCAGAGAGUUCUGUAUUGCGUGAAGAUCGAGUUUGUAAAGUGUAUCAUGAUGUCUCCGAACACGAAGAUAGUCGACGCUUCGGUUGUCGAGAAGGUAGCAGCCGGUUCUCCGAAUUCCCGCGCGCGUCGUACUUCCGACGACAAAGCUCGAGAACUGGAAAUCAGUGGAGUCGUCUCCGGCAAGAACGUCCUCAUCACCGGAGGAGCCGCUGGCCUAGGUCACGCUUUCUUCAAUCACUUCCUUCAGUUCGGAGCUAACAAAAUUUGCAUAAUCGACAUAGACGACGUCGCCGGCAAGAAGAUCGUCGCCUCGACCGACAAGUCUCACGGCGUCGGCAAAGUGAUCUUCAUCCACGCCGACGUCUCCCGACACUCCGAAAUCGUUGCCGGCUUCCAGAAAGCGGUGAAGCUGAUGGACGCCGUCGACAUCGUGGUGAACAACGCCGGCAUCCUCGACGAGCGUAGGUGGGAGCGCGAGAUCGCCGUCAACCUGAACGGCAUGAUAUCGGUAGCGCUGCUGUCGAUGCAGUACAUGGGCCGGGACAUGGGCGGCCGGGGUGGUAUCCUCGUCAACGUCGCCGAGCACAUGGACGUCCACUGCACGGCUCAACUGCCCGUUUAUACAGCCACGAAACAGGCGAUAAUCGGACUCUCGCAGUCGCUCGCGGCUCCCUGCAACACCGAGAGGACCGGAGUCCGAGUUAUCACUCUGUGCCCUGGACUGACCGAGACCGCUCUGACCAUCGACAGUCCCAACAAGCUGCUGUCCAGAGUCAUGAAGGCCGACUUCGUGAAGAACCUCGAGCAGCUGACCAUCCAGACGCCAUACGUAGUGGCCCAGGGCCUGAUGUCGGUUCUGCGCUCGAGCGAGUCGGGCAGCAUCUGGGUGAUCGAGAACGGCCAGUCGCCGUACGAGGUGUUCGUGCCGAACUGCCGCAGUUUGCGCCGUUUGUACAAGAACAACUUCACCGUCGUCGACGCGGUUAAACACGCGAGCAAAGGACGGCCGAUUCGCGAGGUUUGCGACAGUUCGAGGACCGGCCUCAUGAGCUGCGCUUGAGUCUAAUUUGAUUAUUUGUCUUUUUCAUGUUUCCAUGCAGUAAGUACUUCAGCGCGUGAUUCUCGAAGUAUUUUGUUUUUUCUCGAAGCGAAGCGCACCGCGAAGGUGCGAAGGUUCUUGUCGUACGUGCUUUGGCUCUGCAAAGUAAGAUACGAGUAUGUUGUACCGAUCAAGUUGCCUACGUAUGAAAUUCGCUGGUUUUGUUCGAAUAGAGACACUCGGAAGGUGUCGAUCAUAUUGUGUAAUGUAGACUUUAAGCUUUCAUCGCAUUUAUAUACGUCGUGUAGGAAAACGCGCAAAACUCGCAGAUUGAUCUCGAAAGUUGAUAAUAGACGCGCCGAUUCGACAAUUCACACUUGUAUACGUCAUCAAUUGUAUUGGCAGCUGUAGUUUUUAUUUGAAGAAAAGACUUAUCGUUAAGUUUCGUAUGUAUUACCGAUUAGGAUGUAAGCUUAGUUUAAUAUGUAUGUAUAGAUAUUAUUGUGAAGCUCUAGAGUGUGAUGUAUUUACUUUGCAAUAAUUAUGUAUAAAACGUGCACUUUAUGACGUUUUGAAUAAAUACAUUUUUCGAAGAAACUCAGUUUUUAAUCUGAACCCAUUAUAAUAGAUCAUAACUCUUCGAGAACGAAUUUUCACAGGAUCAUCGUGGAGAAUGUGAUGAAAGUAUCAAGCGCAUCGAGAAAAAAGUACUGCGUCACUGAUGCUAUAAAGUUCAAAUGCGUCUAAGUAUGAUGCCAACUAUACGAUACAUUUUUUUCUCUCGUCUGAUAACUUUUGAAUCUUCGACGAUACGACGAAGCUUAUUGCGCGUGUGCAGGUCAAAGUUAUUAAGAAAUCGGGAAAAAGCGUAAACACCAAUAUAAUACCGUUUUUCAUGCUGGUCGUCAUAUGAGGAACUUCAGAAGAAAAGAUUCAGUUAAUAUAGCGACAGAGAGACGUAUAAAAAUGUGAGAGAAAAAAACCCAUGUCAAUAAACAUAUUGCGCUA